AAUAUUACUAUCUUUUUCUCCCCUACUCGCGCACGAUCGUUUUCUUCGAUUCUACGCUGACGCCAUUGAAGAAGCUCCGAGGAAUUCCUGAGUUAGAUCUCGCUUGGAAAACCCUAGAUUUUACUCAUGCAAAUUGAUUCUCCGAUCUUAUCAGGUGAAAAUGAUGGGCUGGAAUGACCAUUUAUACAUUGAUUACUGGAUUAUAAGGUCUUGAUUUUCCUAGAAAAUCUUGGCGGGGAAGCAUGAAUAUUGUGAAGGGUGUUGCCGACCUUAUUAGAAGGACUUCCGGUGGCCAAACUGGGGAGCCUGCUUCAGAGUCUCAACCCCAGAGGUUCUCUCCUCCUGGUCCAAAAAUUUGCUUCAGUGAAGUUGGUAACGAGGUGGUUUUAAAGACACUUUGGGAGAGAUAUGAGAAAGCCAUCGAUAAGGUGGAAAAGAGAAGGUUGUUUCAUGUUUUCCUCAAGCAAUUUCUGGUUGUAUACAAGAACUGGGAACCAGUAAAUGGUGACCAGUUUUCAGAGGCUGUUUCAAGUCCCAUCCAGCCUGAAGAGCUUAUGUCAUGUUCCUAUGAUGUAGUUGUUGGCUGCUCUGCUGGCCAUCCAGCUGAAAUAAUUUCAAUGUUGGCUGAAGAGGUCACAAUAUUAACUUCUAUUGUCACAGAGUUAAACACCAGCAUGAUGCGGUCAAAAACAGGCUUAUCUGGGGAUUCCACAAGCUUGAAUAUUAUUUCUGAAGGAUUGCCUGUCUUGGAUGCUCUGACAAUUGUUACCCGGUCGCUGCAUAAUUGCAGAGUUUUUGGAUACUAUAGUGGGAUUCAGAAGCUUACAGCAUUGAUGAAAGGUGCUGUUGUCCAACUUAAAACAAUAAGCAGUGCACUUUCUGCUGAUGAAAGUUUAUCUGACUUUGCUGUAGAGAAGACUGGCCUCCUGCAACAAAUUCUUGUACAUGUUGUGUCAAUAAUAUGUAGUUUCAUUGAUUUAGACUCAAAUGUAUAUGGGAAGGUUCAGUUGUAUAGCAAUAGUAUAGACUUUGUUCCGAGCAGUGGUGCAUCUUUGCUUGACUCUUCUAGUAAUUUGAAGGUCACUUCUUAUGAAACAAGGCUACAUUGGCAUCAGAAGGCAGUUGUGUCUGUGAUGGAAGCUGGUGGCCUUAAUUGGUUAGUAGAGUUGUUGCGUGUCAUCAGAAGGCUGAGCUUGAAGGAACAGUGGACAGAUAUAUCACUUCAGUAUUUGACUCUCAGAGUUAUUUGUUCUGCAUUAUCUGAGAAUCCACGUGGUCAAAAUCAUUUUAAAAGCAUUGGAGGACUUGAAGUUCUAAUGGAUGGUCUUGGAGUUCCAUCAAGUAAAGCACUAACAUCGAAGAAUUCCUUUUGUGCUGAUGAAAAAAGAGAUGAAAACCCAUUGCUAGAAAUUUUCCAGCUCCAUGUUCUUUCUCUGGAAGUUCUAAGAGAGGCAGUCUUUGGGAAUUUGAACAACUUGCAGUUUCUGUGUGAAAAUGGAAGAGUUCAUAAAUUUGCAAAUAGUUUCUGUUCACCUGCUUUCAUGCUUCAAGAGUACAAACAGCAGAGCAAGGAUUCAUCUGGGUGGCAUGAUAUUCAAAUGCCCUUUAUUGAUUUUAACAAUGAAAAUCAUAUGAAAACUUAUACAGCAGAGCAUUUUGUUCCUCUUUCCACCGGUGCUUCUUAUUCCCAACUUUGGAGUCAUUAUAUUACUAAGUUGGUCGGAGUUCUUUGUUCUUUCCUUCUUGCUCCGGAAGAUACCAGAUCUCUUAAUGUCCACAUGUCCACUGGCCGAGUUGCCAUGCCAAUUUCAUCUGUAUAUGGUGAACUUUCAAUUAAAUGGGUCAUGAGGGUUCUUCUUACAGUGUUCCCUUGCAUUAAGGCUUGUUCAAAUCAGAAUGAGUUGCCAAACCAUUUAAGGGUCUUUGUCAAUACUCUGCAGCACUAUUUACUAAAUACGUUUAGGAAGGUUCUUGUUUCAUCACCCGUAUUGCUUGAAGUAUUUAGGGAAGAGGGAAUAUGGGACCUUAUCUUCUCAGAGAACUUUUUCUAUUUUGGACCAGCAGAGUGUUACACAUACAAUGAGGGGUCUCCGAUGAAGCCUGAAAUAUAUGCUACUUCCAGUAGCACUAACAGUCAAGUAAAAUCUAGUGGGGUUGAAAUUCUGCAAAUGGAAGUAAUUUCAUUCAUAGAAUAUGUCGCGACUUCUAAUGGUAGUACACAUAAUUUGCCUGAAUUGUCUACGUUGUUAGAUGCGCUCGAACAAUCUGCUUGUAAUCUCGAGAUCGCUACUGUUCUUGUCAAGAGUCUGGUACGCAUAUUACAGCUUUCAGCUGAGAAGACUAUUGCUUCUUUUAAGAUGCUUAAUGCAGUUCCUCGGGUGCUUGAAGUUGCUUGCGUUCAAGCCCAAGAAUCUAGAAGGUUUGGAAAUAUAAGUCCUGUUGAGAGUAAUUAUGCAGAAGCGGUUCAAACUCUAUGUCAUCAGAAAUCUGAUCCACAUGAGAUAGCCCAAAGUUGGAUCAGAUGCAUGAAUACAUCCAUGGAGCUCUUCACGGAAUUUCUUUCAAUAGCAGAUGAUGGAAGAAGUUUGGUUUUGCAUAGUUCCACAUGUAUUGAUUGUUUGUUUGAUUUAUUCUGGGAAGAAGGUUUGAGAAGCCGCGUGCUUAAGCAUAUACUUGAGCUCAUGAAGAUUGUUUCAUUCAGUGAGGAAGAUCAAAAAGCAAAGCUGCAGUUAUGUUCCAAAUAUCUAGAAACUUUUACUCAAAUAAAGGAACGAGAAAAGAAAUUCGCAGAACUUUCUAUUGAUCUAUUAGUUGGGAUGAGAGAUAUGCUAAUGACUGAUCCAGUGUACUAUCAGGCUUUGUUCCGUGAUGGAGAGUGCUUUUUGCAUGUUGUCUCUUUAUUGAAUGGUAACCCUGAUGAAGCAAAUGCGGAAAAAUUGGUUUUGAAUGUCCUUCAAACUCUGACCUGUUUGCUUGCGAAUAACGACGCCUCAAAGGCUGCAUUUAGAGCUCUUGCUGGAAAGGGUUACCAGACAUUGCAAAGUUUGCUGUUGGACUUUUGCCAAUGGCAUCCAAGUGAAGGGCUUUUGAAUGCGCUGCUUGAUAUGCUUGUUGAUGGAAAGUUUGACAUAAAAUCAAGCCCAAUAAUAAAGAAUGAAGAUGUCAUCAUACUCUAUCUAUGUGUUCUGCAGAAGAGCAGUGAGUCAUUGCAGCAUCAUGGACUCAAUGUGUUUCAUCAGCUGCUUAGGGAUUCCAUUUCUAAUCGAGCAUCAUGUGUCAGGGCAGGAAUGCUAAACUUUCUUCUUGAUUGGUUUUCCCAAGAAAAUAAUGAUAGUGUCAUCUCGAAAAUUGCUCAGUUAAUUCAAGUCAUUGGUGGGCAUAGCAUAUCUGGGAAAGAAAUUCGCAAAAUCUUCGCCCUCCUCCGAAGUGAGAAAGUUGGGAGUCGGCAACAGUACAGCUCACUAUUGUUGACCACUGUUUCGUCAAUGCUAAAUGAAAAGGGACCGACUGCCUUUUUUGAUCUCAAUGGGAAUAAUUCUGGGAUCGUAAUUAAAACGCCUGUGCAGUGGCCUCUCAAUAAGGGUUUUUCUUUUUCAUGUUGGCUUAGGGUAGAGAACUUCCCACGGAGUGGAACAAUGGGUCUUUUCAGUUUUCUCACUGAAAAUGGGAAGGGGUGCUUGGCUGUGGUUGCAAAGGACAAGCUUAUUUACGAGUCAUUAAAUCUGAAGCGACAGUGUGUCCAGCUACGUUCUAAUCUAGUCAGAAAGAAAUGGCAUUUUCUUUGCAUUACACAUAGCAUUGGAAGAGCUUUUUCUGGGGGUAGCUUAUUGAGGUGUUACGUGGAUGGUGAUCUUGUUUCAUCUGAAAGAUGCAGAUAUGCAAAAGUUAAUGACUCAUUGACAAAUUGCACAAUUGGUGCAAAAAUUAAUGUGCCUAUACUUGAAGAAGAUCCCACUUUGGAAUCCAUCAAAGAUUCAGUUCCCUUUCUUGGUCAGAUUGGUCCUGUUUAUUUGUUUAGUGAUACCCUUUCUUCUGAGCAAGUCCAGGGCAUCUAUUCCCUUGGACCAAGCUAUAUGUAUUCGUUCCUUGAGAGUGAAGCGGCACCUUUUUAUGAUCACCCGUUGCCUAGUGGAAUUCUUGAUGCCAAGGAUGGUCUUGCAUCCAAAAUUAUCUUUGGACUCAAUGCACAGGCAAGUGAUGGCAAGGCAUUGUUUAAUGUUUCUCCAGUGUUGGAUCAGGCAUUGGAUAAGAACUCAUUUAAAGCAACUGUGAUGGUUGGUACACAAUUAUGUUCGAGACGCUUACUGCAACAGAUAAUUUACUGUGUGGGGGGUGUAUCUGUGUUUUUUCCUCUAAUCACCCAGUCUGUUAGAUAUGGGAAUGAAGAAAGUGCACAUUUUGAGUUUACAUUGCUUGCACCUAUCACGAAAGAGCGUCUGACUGCUGAAGUUAUUGAGCUAGUUGCUUCUGUCCUAGAUGAGAAUUUAGCAAAUCAACAACAGAUGCAUCUUCUUUCUGGAUUUUCAAUCCUUGGAUUCUUGUUGCAGUCGAUUCCUCCACAGCAACUUAAUUUGGAAACUCUUUCAGCUUUGAAACAUCUCUUCAAUGUUGUUGCAAACUGCGGCUUGGCAGAGCUGCUUGUCAAAGAUGCUAUAUCUAGCAUAUUUCUUAAUCCUCUUAUCUGGCUCUACACUGCUUACAAGGUUCAGCGUGAACUGUACAUGUUUCUUAUCCAGCAAUUUGAUAAUGAUCCGAGGUUGCUUAAGAGUUUAUGUCGGCUCCCACGUGUUCUCGAUAUAAUACGGCAGUUUUACUGGGAUAAUGCAAAAUCUCGAUUUGCCGUUGGCAGCAAGCUUAUUCUGCAUCCUACCACAGAACAACUUACUGGAGAGAGACCUAGUCAAGAAGAAAUACGUAAAAUUCGCCUUGUCUUAUUAAGUCUUGGCGAAAUGAGCCUCAGGCAGAUUAUUGCAGCAGCAGAUAUAAAUGCUCUCAUAGCUUUUUUUGAGACAAGCCAGGAUAUGACAUGUAUUGAGGAUGUUUUACAUAUGGUUAUUCGUGCUAUUUCUCAGAAGCCACUGCUUGCUUCUUUCCUUGAACAAGUCAAUACGAUUGGUGGCUGUCACAUUUUUGUCAAUCUUCUUGAGAGGGACUCUGAGCCUAUCAGAUUGCUUAGCUUGCAGUUCCUAGGAAGACUUUUGGUUGGUCUCCCAUCUGAGAAAAAGGGACCGAGGUUCUUCAAUCUAGCUGUUGGAAGAUCCAGAGCACUUUCAGAAAACCAUAGGAAUAUCAGUUUGAGGAUGCAACCAAUUUUCUCUGCCAUAGCUGAUAGGUUGUUCAGGUUUCCGCAGACAGAUAAUUUGUGUGCCACCUUGUUUGAUGUCCUUCUUGGUGGUGCUAGUCCCAAACAGGUGUUACAGAAGCAGAACCAGGUGGACAGGCAGAGAAGCAAGGGACAUAACUCUCAUUUUUUCCUCCCUCAAAUAUUGGUUCUCAUUUUCAGAUUCCUGUCGUGCUGUGAGGAUGUGUCUGCAAGAAUGAAAAUAUUCAGAGAUCUACUUGAUCUUCUUGAUUCAAACCCUUCGAAUAUUGAAGCUUUUAUGGAAUAUGGGUGGAAUGCUUGGUUAAUGGCUUCUGUGCAGCUUGAUGUGCUAAAAGACUACAAAGUUGAGUCACGAAAUCAGUGUGACAAUCAGAUGGACGAGCAACACCUGGUCAGGAACCUGUUUUGUGUUGUUCUUUGUUACUAUAUGCAUUCUGUAAAAGGUGGCUGGCAACAUUUAGAAGAGACGGUGAAUUUUGUAGUCUCACACUUUGAGCAGAGAGGUGUCUCUUAUCAAUACUUGCUUCGUGAUGUAUAUGAUGAUCUAAUUCGGGGGCUGCUGGAAUUAUCUUCUGAGGAGAAUAUCUUUCUUUCUCAACCAUGUCGGGAUAAUACAUUAUACUUACUAAGACUGGUUGAUGAGAUGCUUACCUCUGAAACAGAGCAUAAACUUCCGUUUCCUGCCGGAAAUGCUGAUUUUUCUCUUGACUCCUUAGAAUUAGAACAUCACAAAGAUUAUUGCUCUGCCUUAUAUGAGAUCUUGCAAGGAGAAUUUGAUGAUCAAAUAUCCAGAAAUCUGCGGGGUGGUAAGCAGCCAAUCACAAACGAAGAUGACGUAAUUGAUGAGAAGUGGUGGAAACUAUAUGAUGAUUUGUGGAUUAUUAUUAGUGAGAUGAAUGGUAAAGGACCAAGCAAAACAUUACCCAAGUCAUCAUCAUCAGCAGGUCCGUCUUUUGGCCAAAGAGCACGUGGCUUAGUAGAAUCACUGAACAUUCCCGCUGCGGAAGUGGCUGCUGUUGUUGUAUCAGGAGGGAUAGGCAGUGCAUUGGGUGGAAAACCAAACAAAAAUGUCGAUAAGGCUAUGCUUUUACGAGGGGAGAGGUUCCCACGUAUUAUUUUUAGACUUGUCAUCCUAUAUCUUUGCAGAUCUUCAUUGGAAAGAGCAUCACGGUGUGUCCAACAGGUCAUUUCACUCUUUCCAUGUUUUUUGGCUGCUGAUGAUGAGCAAAGCAAAAGCAAAUUGCAGCUUUUCAUCUGGGCUUUGCUUGCUGUUAGGUCACAGUUUGGAUUGUUAAAUGAGGAUGCUCGUUUUCAUGUCAUAUCACACUUGAUUCGAGAAUCUGUUAACUGUGGAAAAUCAUUGCUUGCUACUAGCAUUGUGGGCAGAGAUGACAACUCGGAUUUAGGCAGCUUUUCGAAAGAAACAGGAUGGAUUCACAACCUAAUUCAAAAGGAUCGAGUACUUGCAGCAGUUGCUGAUGAGGCAAAAUAUAUGAAGAUAUUAAAAGCCGACCGCAGCAAACAAUUGCAUGAGCUCCGUGCUAGGAUGGAUGAAACUUUCUCUGCUGAAUCUAUAAACAAGAAAGCUUUUGAAGAUGAGAUAAAAAGUAGCUUGACUUCCGUUCUUGCUUCAGAUGACAGUAGAAGAGCUGCAUUCCAGCUUACUCACGAGGAGCAGAAGCAAAAUGUCACUGAAAAGUGGAUACACAUGUUUCGCGCCUUGAUUGAUGAGAGAGGUCCAUGGUCUGCCAAUCCUUUUCCCAACAAUGCCCUAACACAUUGGAAACUUGACAAGACAGAAGAUACAUGGCGACGAAGACAAAAGCUAAGACAAAAUUACCAUUUCGAUGAAAAGUUGUGUCAUCCUCCCUCCACUGCUCCUAGUGAUGAGGCUACUCUUCCUGUUAAUGAAAACAAAUCUGGUCUUGUGGGGUUGAUUCCUGAGCAAAUGAAGCGCUUCUUGCUGAAAGGAGUACGGGGGAUAACUGAUGAAGGGAGCUCAGAAAAUAAUGAUAAUGAGACUGAACCAAGUGGGCAUAAGGCCUCCAUCUCCAAGGAUCCUUUAGACGCUCAGUGCUUGGAGCUGAAAGACAGCAGUGACCGGAAGGAUGUUCUGCAAGACAGAAUAGAUUCUUCUUCCUCGUCUACGGAGACAGAAACUAGUGAGGUUCUUUUGUCAGUUUCCUGUGUACUUGUAACCCCAAAGAGGAAAUUAGCUGGGCAUUUGGCUGUCAUGAAAAGUGCCUUGCGUUUCUUUGGUGAAUUUUUGGUUGAAGGUACUGGAGGAUCAUCAGUGUUUAAGAACUUCCAUGCUUCAAGCAAUUCUGAUUUGACCAAGUCUGAUCAAAAGCAGAAGUUUCUAAAGUGGCCUAAUUUUGAUUUGGUUUCUGAGAAGGGAACCACAACUGAUUAUUUUGAUCCAAUGAAUGAAAAUGUGCAUCAAAAACACUUAAAAAAUGUUAAGCGCCAUAGGAGGUGGAACAUAGGCAAGAUAAAAGCGGUCCACUGGACUCGGUAUUUGCUCAGAUACAGUGCAAUAGAGAUUUUCUUCGGUGAUUCAGUUGCUCCCAUAUUUUUUAAUUUUGUGUCACAAAAAGACGCAAAAGAUGUUGGAACCUUGAUAGUUACUACCAGAAAUGAGUAUUUGUUUCCAAAGGGAAAUAGUAGGGACAAGAAUGGAGCUAUUUCAUUUGUUGAUAGACGUGUAGCCUUGGAGAUGGCAGAAACUGCAAGAGAGCGAUGGAGAAGAAGGGAUAUAACGAACUUUGAGUAUCUAAUGAUUCUCAAUACACUUGCAGGAAGAUCUUAUAAUGAUUUAACUCAGUAUCCCGUCUUUCCUUGGGUCUUGACGGAUUACUCCUCGGAGGUUCUUGACUUUAACAAGUCAUCAACCUUUAGGGAUCUCUCGAAACCUGUUGGAGCGUUGGAUUUGAAGAGAUUUGAGGUGUUUGAAGAUAGAUACCGGAGUUUCAGUGAUCCUGAUAUACCCAGUUUCUACUAUGGGUCUCAUUACUCAAGCAUGGGGAUUGUGCUCUAUUACCUUCUUCGAUUGGAACCAUUUACAUCUCUUCACCGUAAUUUGCAGGGUGGCAAAUUUGACCAUGCAGAUCGCCUCUUUCAAAGCAUCGAGGGCACAUAUCGAAAUUGCCUUUCUAAUACAAGUGAUGUGAAGGAGUUGAUUCCUGAGUUCUUUUACAUGCCAGAGUUUCUUAUCAAUUCGAACUCGUAUCAUUUAGGAGUGAAACAAGAUGGUGAACCAAUAGGUGAUGUUUGUCUCCCUCCAUGGGCCAAGGGCUCACCCGAAGAAUUUAUAAAUAGAAAUCGAGAGGCUCUUGAAAGUGAAUAUGUUAGCUCAAAUCUCCACCACUGGAUAGAUUUGGUGUUUGGUUACAAGCAGAGAGGAAAACCAGCGGUGGAGGCAGCAAAUAUCUUUUACUACCUGACUUAUGAAGGUGCCGUUGAUCUGGACAACAUGGAAGAUGAUUUUCAAAGAGCAGCAAUUGAAGACCAAAUUGCAAAUUUUGGCCAGACACCAAUCCAGAUUUUCCGUAAAAAACAUCCUAGACGAGGGCCACCAAUUCCAAUUGCUCAUCCUUUGUACUUUGCACCUGGUUCUAUUAAUUUGAGUUCCAUUGUUAGUAGUUGUCCACCAUCUGCUGUACUUUAUGUUGGCAUAUUGGACUCGAACAUUGUACUUGUGAACCAGGGGCUCACCUUGUCAGUUAAGAUGUGGUUGACGACCCAACUACAAGCUGGUGGAAAUUUUACCUUCUCUGGCUCGCAGGAUCCUUUCUUUGGAGUUGGUUCUGAUAUUCUUUCUCCUCGUAAUAUUGGGAGUUCUUUGGCUGAAAAUUUUGAAGUCGGAGCACAGUGCUUUGCUAUAAUGCAGACACCAUCAGAGAAUUUUCUGAUCUCAAGUGGCAAUUGGGAAAACAGCUUUCAGGUUAUAUCCUUAAAUGAUGGCAGGAUGGUGCAGAGCAUCCGACAGCAUAAGGAUUUGGUCAGCUGUGUUGCAGUGACAUCUGAUGGAAGCAUCCUUGCAACUGGAAGUUAUGACACAACAGUCAUGGUGUGGGAAGUUUUCCGUGGUAGAACCCCAGAAAAGAGAGUGCGUAACUCACAUGCAGAGCUGCCCCGUAAGGGCUAUGUCGUCGUUGAAACUCCCUUCCAUAUUCUUUGUGGGCACGAUGAUAUUAUUACAUGCUUAUAUGUAAGUGUAGAGCUUGAUAUAGUUAUCAGUGGUUCGAAAGAUGGAACUUGUGUUUUCCAUACCCUUAGGGAGGGAAGAUAUGUAAGAUCUAUACGUCAUCCAUCUGGAAGUGCAUUGUCAAAGCUCGUUGCCUCUCGGCAUGGGCGGAUAGUGUUUUAUGCGGAUGAUGAUCUCAGUUUGCACCUUUAUUCAAUUAAUGGAAAGCAUCUGGCUGCAUCUGAAUCCAAUGGACGCCUCAAUUGUGUGGAAAUGAGUGGUUGUGGUGAGUUUUUGGUUUGUGCCGGUGAUCAAGGGCAGAUAGUUUUACGCUCGAUGAACUCACUGGAGAUUAUAAAAAGGUAUAAUGGAGUUGGAAAGAUAAUAACAUCUCUAACAGUAGCCCCCGAAGAAUGCUUCUUAGCUGGGACCAAAGAUGGAAGCCUUCUUGUGUAUUCUAUUGAAAAUCCUCAACUUCGCAAAGCUAACCUUCCUCGAAAUGUGAAAUCCAAAGUUUCUGUUACGGGAUAGAUCAAAAGUUAAAAGGACAGAAGUCAGGGAGCGUUAAUGGCUGGGGCUAAUCUAUGAUGUUAGUGCCAGGAGAGUCUACUAAAUAUCAUAGAAUGUUGAACCAUUUCCACGAAAUUUUGAGGUCUCAGACCGUCAAACUUUUUCCAAUUGGGCAGGUCUUUGAGAAUUGUUUGGUGUGAAGACAUUGAAAGAAUGCACACUAUUCAUCCAAGAAAAGAAAGGAUGCGCACAAUUUCAUCAGCAUUGCUAGAACAGUUUGGAAGUAUAUUCAACUUUUGCUUCACACUAUGACAUAUACAGGAUUCAGUAAGUUCCAACGUGAACUUUUCCUGAAACCAUGAGAUGGGGGAAUGAUGCCUUCUACAAAUUCAUUCAUCCGUUCUUCUCCGUCCUAGAAAAAGGUCAGUCAGGAAUCGGGUGUUAACACAUACAUGAACAUUAAAUUGAUAGGUCAGAACAGAAAUAUUGUGUAUUAGCAAUAGCAGCAUUUUCUCUCUUUUUCCUUGUUAAAAUAGCAAGUAUUUACCCGCCAAAACUUUGUAUAGAUGGGCUAUGAUGACUUAUCCAGAACAAAACAAAAGGUGUAUAGAUAGGCUUCAAUGCCUUCUAAAAAAGUAAAGGCAUUUCCCCCCCCCCCCCCCCCCCCCCCCCACAACAUCUUCCCUUAACAUAGGAUUUUGUGGUUGAGAUUGGCUACUGGUUUACAUCAGUUACUGAUCAUUAAGGUUUCAUCAGAGCAUUGUCUUUACAGCCGAGAGAGUGUCCAAAUUUCAGUUUUCUCUUUUGGUUGUACCUGUCUCCUGUAUGAAUCUUAAUUCCCUGAUAAAUGCUCUAUAACCUCUUAUAGCCA